GAAAUGAGGGCAGACAAAAACAUCUAGAAUAGGUUGGUCGUGGUAUGGAUGUAAUAGUGAAAGUGUGAUGUGUUAAACCUUAAUCCGGAAGUUGUGCCUUUUAUUCCGUCUGACUUGACCGCGUUAAACAGUCGCUCUUUUUGACCAUUGGCUUUGAUCAGAUAAGAGGUUCACGCGGACACAUUCCCCUGCACUUCUGAAGCUACAUUUUGAAAGAUGGAUUGUUCAGAAGAGGUUCGGGCUGUGUUUGAGGAGCCCACCGCUGAAAUGGAGCUAAAAAAGGGGAUGUCGAUUUUCAUUGAUAUUUUACGGAGAGCUGAUAAAAACGAUGAUGGAAAACUUUCCUUUGAUGAGUUCAAAUCCUACUUCUCUGACGGAGUCUUGACAGCUGAAGAGUUGCAGGAGCUCUUCCACACGAUUGACACUCACAACUCAGACAAUGUGGACACCGAUGAGCUCUGUGAGUAUUUUUCCCAGCACCUCGGUGAAUAUGAGAAUGUUCUCGGUGCCUUAGAAGACCUGAAUAUGUGCAUACUGAAGGCCAUGGACAAGACAAAGAAGGAUUAUCAGGAGUCCAGCCACCUUGAGCAGUUUGUGACCCGCUUCCUGCUGAAGGAGACAACCAAUCAGCUUCACUCACUUCAAAGCUCUCUGGAGUGCGCCAUGGAAACCACCGCCGAGCAGACUCGCCAGGAGAAGCAGGGCCCUCUGAAGCCAGAGGUUUUGUCCAUCCAGUGGUCGGGUCGCCGCUCCAAUCGGAGGCUCCAGAGGAACAGCAGCCUGUCUCCCAACAACCCUCUCCUCAGUCUCGUCAAUUCAGGUGUUUAUGAAGAAGACAGCCAGUGGAUGGUCCAGGUCAACAGGCUGCAGAGGCUCAUCGACCGUCUAGAGAAAAAGGAGAUCCGCCUGGAGCCCGUUGAAGAGGAGGUGUUGGAGAGCAAAUCGCACAUCCUGAUAGUCCAGAGGCAGCUGUCGGUGCUGGAGGACGAGCUGGAGGAGUUUCGUUUGGCUCUCAGACACUACAUGGACUGUGCCUGCGCCCAGACUGGAUGUCUACACAUCGCAGUUCAGCGUCUUGCAAAUGAAUCACGCUUCAUUCUCUAUGAAUUCUGGGAGCACAACAACGUGUGGAAGAAUCACCUGCAGACCAACUACAGUAAGACCUUCCAGAGGGGCAACGUGGAUUUCCUGGAAACCCCUGAGAGCCUAAGCACCAUGUUGGUUCCUGCCUCAUGGUGGGUCCUCACAACAACAACUGAAGAUGGGAUGAGAAACCAUUACAGAUCCUAACUGAUGGGAAAAACCUGCCGACACACACACACACACACACACACACACACACACACACACACACACACACACACCACACACACAGUAACUCGUGAAGUUAUGGUUAUUAGUAUUUAUGACCUUUAUUUUCCUUCAUAGUUUUAUAUUUUAGUCUGAAAUA